AUGUUUGACUUCUUUAAGUGCAUUGGGGAGACUGUGGAAAUUCUUUCUCAAUCUGAAGUGCGGUACUCCGGCACUGUCACUGCAUGCGACCCAGAAAAAGAGACCAUCACGAUGUGCAAAGUCAAGUCUUUUGGCACGGAAACCCGAACUCCCCCCGUAAAAAUAUACGCGAGCUCGCAGGUCUACGAGUACCUCGUUUUCAAAAUAGCCAGCAUAAAAGAGGUUAAGCACAACCGCACUUGGACAAGCGUUGAAAAUCCCAAAAGAUGCACAGAGGCUACAAAAUGUACAGAUAGACACAACAGGCCAUCCUGGCACGGGAAACCCUCGCGAAGUUCAGCAAAGCCCUCUAAACACAUACUUUCGAAGCCUAUAGUGAUUCCUGACGAAGAGUACGACUUUACACACAACAACAAAAAGUUGGAAAAUGCCCCAGACAAGGCGAGUGUGGGGCACAGAAGCACGUACGACCCUGCAUAUUUUUACGACUCACUUUCGUAG